CGUGUGAUCAGGCUAAUUAACGGGACUAUAUAUGAGUAAGCUAUUUUAAAAAAAUUCGCAGUCAGUCAAAAAAUCAAAAAAGCAGUUCAUUUUAAUUGAAGAAAAUGAAGACCACUGUUUGCAGUUUUUUCUUUGCCCUCUUGGUGAUAUUUAAUUUUAUUCAAUUAAGUUUACAGUCGAACCCACCCAAAAAUAACCUGGUAGGAGGCUAUGUGAAAAUACAUAGGCUAGAUCCCACUGAAGUUAAAAAAAAUGGACCUUCAACAAUACUGGAAAAUUACGCUGCCCUCCCUCGUUCACCAGCACCUGACCCACUUCUUCGCCAAAACUCAGUUUCUCAUCGAUCUCCAGAAAUUAUUGAAAAUUAUUUUCCCCUUGAAGUUCCACCUAGAAAGCAGCCUAUCCCCUCACCAUUUGGGUCUAGAUAUAUAUCUAUGUUUGGAUACAAAUCCACAUCUGGAUCUGGAAGCGGAACUUCCAAACCCCAGCAGACCAAUUAAAGUAAAUAAAUAAUUUAUGGA